AUGGAAAACAGCAAAGAACAAAACCUGCGAGUUAUAACUAAACCUGAUGAAUGGAAGAGAUCCUAUUUAAACGUGCUAAACAAGAAAAAGGUACUGUACAAGUAUGUUUUCCUUUUUAACAAUUAUAAAUUUAAAUUUAAGGUAAUAUCUACUUACUAUGAAUACCUAACCGUUUGCAACAGUCUCCUGCGAGAUGUCACAACGUGUAAUUUAUUUUUCGGGGACAUAAUCUUCUUUGAAAUGUUAGGCAAAUCCUUUUAUUAUCCGUAUGUCCUCUAUAUGUACGAUAAGGACAGUUCGUGCGGGAAAAAUAUUGGAGACUUUAACCCCCCGAAAUUUUUAAAAUCGUCCAUUUUGGGCAUAGAAGAUAUCAUAAAAAAAGGAAUAGAAAAAAACAAAAAGUACUUCAAAGAAGGGGAAGUAAAGCACGACACAAAAGCAAUACUAAAUGGAAGUGACAUCCGUGAGGAACUAAAAAAAUAUAACUUAGACGGGAAACAUAUAGUGGGGUACACAGAAAUAUAUUUGCUCUUUCACAUGGGCAGAUUCUUCGACUCACGCAUUGAAAGACUUGUUGUUGAUAAAAAUUAUCGUAACAGAGGAUUCGGUUUAUUAAUUAUGUACAUAAGUAUCUAUGUGCUUAAAUACAUAUACCAAUGUAACAGAUGCGACUUGACUGUGGAUAACGAGGUCGCCCUAAAAAUUUACAAAAAACUGAACUUCCAUAACGUUCAAACGCAUGUGUAUCGCUUGCAUUUGCACUGCAAUUAUAACUACCUUCCAGAAAAUGCUUCCAUGGAAAAUGACACACAUAAUAUACAAUCCUUCAUGGAUAGUAUUACAGCACGGAGGUAG